AUGGUCUUCAAGUUUUCAACCCUCGACCUCACCGAAGAUCCCCCUGAUUUCGAUCUGCAAUCACCACCUGCUUCUCGGUCAUCGACGAUUUGUCUGCCGCUUAAUCCUGCUGGCUGCAAUUUCAUCAAAGCUAUAGCACCCCGCCAGGUGGCCGCCACUGCUUCCCAGCCCUUGGCCGAUUCAGCUUCCAAGUUUGGUUGCUGGAGGCCAAGCGAAUCAGUCCAAUUUCCGGUGGAAGGACGCCUUAAAAGGUUCACUUUCCGUGAGCUGAAGGUCGCCACCAACAACUUCAGCGAGACAAAGAAGGUGGGUGAGGGCGGGUACAGUUGCGUGUAUGAAGGACUCCUGGGGGACGGCUCCAGGGUGUCGAUAAAAAGACUCGCCAGACAGACCUCUCAGGCAUGCACACUCCAUGCUGAAGUAAAAUUGGGGAACAUGAUCUGUCAUCGGAAUCUGGUUCGGGUUAAAGGCUUUUGUUCGUCAUCGAAGCAUAGAGAAAACUUGCUUGUGUACGCUUUCAUGGUGAACGGAAGCCUAGACUCUCUUUUAAGCGGACAGUCAGCAGAGAAGCUCCCACUUGAUUGGCCCACCAGGAAGAAGAUAGCGAUUGGAGCUGCGAGAGGGCUCUCCCAUUUGCAUGAUCUAAGGAUAAUUCACAGGGACAUUAAACCCAAUAACAUACUGUUGGAUGAGGACUUUGAGGCUCAUGUUGCAGAUUGUGGGAUGGCCUUGUUCCUGGACGAGUACAAAGAGAAAGCUGUUUCCGAAAGAGAACCCAAUGGUGAAGACGCCUAUUUUACCAACUGCGCAGUGGGGACACUUUAUUACAUGGAUCCGGGGCGCUUUACAGGAAUGAACUCGGUAAAGAGCGAUGUUUAUGGGUUUGGCGUGACGCUUCUUGAACUCAUAAGCGAUCGAAGAGCUUGGGAAACAACCUGUCUAGAUGAAAAUAAACUGGAGCUGCCUCAAUUGGCACACACCCUUUCAGAAAACGAACAGUUGGAAAGGCUAGUCGAUACCGAUAUGCCGGGCGGCUAUAACAAGGGUGAAGUCGAGAGAACCGCCCGCCUGGCUCUACUUUGCACGCAGCUCUGA